AUGAACCCAUCUUCGUCGAGUUCGCCUUGGUCUUUAUCUGGGUCAUUCCCCAAUCAUCAUCAUCACCGUGGUAGUCCUCGUCCGGCUUCUUACGCUGCUGUGGGUAGAAGGAAAUUGGCAUACCUGUGGAGUGCUAGUACUGAUUGCAAAAAACGGUGGUUGGAAGACUCACCUUCAUCGGUGGUUGGGACGAAUUCGGUGAAUUAG